AUGGGUAAUACAAUAUAUUCAGAAAGUGUUACUUCAUCCUAUUCAAGGAAAUGUUAUGGGGAGAGGAGGAACAAAAAUGGAAAUAAAGAUGAGGAAAGUAGUAAUACCGAAAAGAAGGGUGGAGAAAGCAGUAACAACGAAAAUAAAAAUGGAAAAAGUAGUAACAACCAAAAGAAGGAUGAAUCAAAUUGUGAUAGUAAAAAACCGAGAAAGAAAAAUGAACCAAAACUUCGAACCAGUGGAAAGUUAUCUAAAAGCAGUAUAAAUGAAAACGUUGAAUUAUUCAAAACGAAGAAUAGGGUAAAGAGGUACAAGCCAAGCAAAUGUUUACUAAGAAAUAGUAUAUUUUGUGUAAAUUAUAAAAUAGAUGAUACUUUUUUCCCCUUAUUAAUGGAAUUGAAAAAUGAACCACAAUGCAAAAUAGUGCUUGUAGAUGAUCAUGGUAAUAUUAUAAAAGAAAUAUUAAUUAAAGAUAUUGAGACGAUAGAGAGCUCGAUAAAUACUAUUGAUAUAUUUUUAAGAAUAAAUAAAGAGUACACGGAACAGCAAAAAUUUAAUUUAUGUAGUUUUAUAUUAAAAGAUAAUGAUGAUAAAAUUUCUUUUAUUCAUAAUAUAAAAAUGCUAUACGGUUUAAAUGUGUUAGAAUAUGGGACAGUAAAAUAUAAUAAGAUAAAUACUGAAGAAAUUGAAGAAAAAUAUGUAUAUGAUAAUAAUAUUUUAAAUAAAGAAAAUAAAAAUAAUUUUCAAAAUUUAUUAGAUGAUAUAAAUAAUAAGUUAUAUAAAAACACACAACAAUUUGAAAAAAAUAUUGAAAGAAAAAAAAUGGAUGAGAUUAUAAAUACAGCAUUAAAAUUAGGACAUGUUUAUAAUCCUAUUAUCAUUUUAGGUGAUAUGCAAGAUGGGGAUAUUAUAAAAGUGAAAGAAUUAAAUUCAAUGCAAACAGAUAAUUCAAAAAAAAAAGAAAAUAUAUCUCAUGAUGAUUUUACACUUAUAGAAUGGUUUUUAUCAAAAAAAAUCGGUUCCAAUAAUAAUUUCAGAGAAGAAUCGAUUCAUUGUGGUAAUAAUUUUUUAUUGAAAUCUUUUAUGGUAGGCUAUUUUAUAAAAGUGAAGGUGUCCAAAAAUAUUUAUAUUAAUAAUAGAAAAACAUUUGUUACUUCAAUAAGCACAAAGGGACCAGUAACAAUAAAUGAUACCACUGCAAAACAAAUCUUAAAAUAUAUAUCCAAUGUGAAUGAAUGUAUUCAAAUAUAUUUGUCAUCCUCCGAUAUAUAUAAUAUUUUUUUUUCCUAUACAGAACCUAAAAUAAACAUUAUAGGCUUAUUUAUUUUUUACCCUGCUAAUAUAUUUAUUAUGCGAAAGGGACUACGAUUCGCCAUCACACUGAAUGAACAAAGUUAUUCCGUAGAUUAUCUAUGGAACUCUUUUUACUUAACAAAAAAGGAUAUCCUGUUUGACAAACCCUCGGACUUCAUACCGACUUAUAUGGAUAUGGCUGACAUUCAUUUAUAUUUCAUUACUUCCACCUUGAACGGAGAUAAAGUAAAAUCGAUCCUAAGAACAAACUCAAGCAACGAAAGAAACAUCAUAUAUGCAACUGUUUUUUUUUAUAAAUAUCAAAAAAGGAUAGAGUCUAUCGACGAGUUCAUGCGGGAUUCCCUGGCAGGGUCUUAUAAUAAUCUUAAAAAAAAAUUUCAAAACAUUUUUUUAGAUUUAAAAGGAGACGACAUAAAACAGAUAGAUCUUGCCAAUGCAUAG